AUGUGUUUCCCCAUAAAAUUCGUUACAUUGCCCAAAAUUCAACCAUCUCUUCUUCUAUAAUCUCCACUUUCUCUUACUCUAACUAUUACAUCUAAUUAAAAUUAGCAAAUUCAUACUUGAACAAGGUUUGAAGAAGAAGAAGAAUAGAAGAAUUAAAUUUAAACAAACAUUGGACGAAAGUGGUGAUAUAAACAACUUUUCAUUGUGAUAACCUCUAGCUCAAUCUGUUCGGGGACUCAAUGUCGCCGGAAAAAAAGACUUUAUUAAGAAAUGACAGGUACAGAUAGCCGACGAGAGAAGCUAGCCGGUUUGACACUUAAUGACAUAUUAGCCAAUCAAAAAAGACCCGGUUCAAUAACGCCAGCCGAACCAUCUCCUAAAAGCCGAACCCUCUUUGACAUCAUCAAAGAAGAUCAAACCAACAAAAAAGAUCGAAGAUCUUGGAAAGCCUUUAAAGACAAGCUUCGGCUGAAGCGCGCAGGCUCGGCUUGGACAUCAUCAAUUCACAUUCCAACAUCAGACAUUCCCAUCCAAAAUCCAAACAGCAGAACCUUUUCCCAGCUCGGCCGUCACGACUCUGUCCGAAUCCAAACUCACCACGACUCAGACAUGACGACAACUCACCAAGUGGACGACCUCGUUCCGCCAGAUGAAUCCAACGCUCCAGUUUCCAGACCACAAUUCACUCGCAAGAGUUCAACUCGUUUCACGCCAGAUUCCCCUGAGAAUCCCAUCAGCGGAGGAGGACAUCUCCGACCGCAACUUUCACGUAAGAAUUCCGUCAACAUGCCAUCGUCGGAGCCUUUUCGGAAAGGACGUGUGGUGACUUUUCGAGACAGCUUCGACGAUGACGAGGAUGAUGAUGAUGAUGAAACUAAGAAGACAGGGAGAGCAUUAUCUGCUAGAGAGGCUGUGGCUGCUCAGGAAGCGGCAGAAGCUGCUUCGGAGGAACAAGAGGAGGGGGGGACAGGACAUCCGAUGAUGUCGUUGAUGGAUUUGUUAGAGGAGACUGAUAGAGAAAUGGGGUUGGAAGGGGCGAGGUAUGUAUUAAGUGAUGAUGAAGAUUACUAUGAUGAUGAAGAAGAUGAAGAUGAUGAAAAUGGCGGAAGUGCUUUGGAACAAAGCUGUUGUAUUUGCAUGGUGAAGCAUAAGGGUUCUGCUAUGGCUGCUUGUGGUCAUAGUUUUUGUAGGAUGUGUUCCAGGGAGCUUAUGGUUGCUAAGGGAAAUUGUCCACUUUGUAAUAAUUUCAUUACAGAGAUUCUUGAUAUUUUUUAAUGUUGUUAUGGUUUUCAUUUUUUGGUUUAAGAAGUUGUAAGAGUGUUGAUGGUGACCACAUUCUUACCUUUUGCUUGUUAUGUUGUCCUGAAAUUUUGGGUUCAUUCAAUAGGUGUCAACUGAAUUUUCCUGAUAUUGCAUGAGAUGUUUCUUUCUUAAUCUAAAUUUAUUCUAAUAAAAAUGAACU